UUUGCGAUAGAUCGAUUAUCGUCACGUAUCGUCACAUGUAUCGACUGACCACGCUAUAUGUACAUAUGUCUUAUUUUGAAACUCAUAACCAUUGAUAACUACUUUCCUCAUGGUAGUUAGUAUGAGCAUUAAAUCAAUGAUAAUGAACAUUAAUAAUAAGCAAAGGAAAUGGAAUGUUUUUGGUCCGAUCCAAGCAAACAUCCGCAAUGUUCACAUGGGCCGACUUUAUUAUUUGGCACAUAUGAAAAUGGUACGUUGGAGAAAUUCUAUGUAUGUGCAGCUUGUCGUGAAAGAAAGCUGUGUAAAUUUCGCUUAAGCGAAGAGGAGCAAUUAACAAAACAACAGUUAGUUAAAUGGGAAAAAGAUCGGAAAGCAUUUGCCUCCCGUUAUCGUCAUAGAUCAUUGUAUUUAUUGUUCCAUGAAAUAAUUGCACUGCCACCAGAAAAAAGAAAUUAUUGUCAUACUUGCGACAAACUGUUUCAUUAUAGCCAUGAAGAUGACAAACACAAAAAUCAUGACAUAAAAAGAGGUAUUACUGAUCAUGAAAUGAAAUAUCCAACAGAAUUUUUAAAGCCCUUGGAAAAUUCGAAACAGGAAGCUCAAUAUUUCUUUUCGAAGAAAUCUACAGAGGACAUAGUAAAUAUGCUCGUGAACCUUGGUGCAAAACAAGUUCUUUGCAUUGGUACACCAAAAAUACACGAAUAUAUUUUAGAUAAAUAUGAAGAUAAAAUGUCUUCCCUCUUAUUGGAUUUUGAUGGAAGAUUUCACAAUUUUUUUGGACCAUUAAGUUAUUGUUGGUACAAUCUACUAAACAAUCAUUUCUUCAAUGAAAGCUCUGUUCAGGUGUUUAAAGAUUUUAUUAUGCAAAAUGAAGGCAAAGACACAUACUUGAUAUGUGAUCCACCAUUUGGUAGCAGAGUAGAAGCAAUGUCAUGGACUAUAAAAAGGCUUUCUGAUCUCCACAAAAAGUGGAAUAAUGUAGAAAACAAAGAGGAUUAUUUGAAAAUCAUUUUUAUAUUUCCAUAUUUUAUGGAAUCUCUAAUGAAACAGAAAAGUAACCCACCUGGAACAGCUGGAGGUUUGAAGGAUUUGAAGCUAACAGAUUACAAAGUAUGUUAUGAAAAUCAUUCUCUAUUUGUGAGAAAUCCCAAGAAUAAGAAGCUUCCUUCGCCCAUUAGAAUUUUCACGAAUAUACCGCUGCAUUUGUUUCAACUACCUAAGUUAGAUGGUUACAAGUAUUGCAAGAAAUGCCAAAGAUGGGUUUCUGAAGAGAAUAAACACUGUAAGAAGUGUAAAGACUGUACCUCAAAGAAUGGUUCCACGUAUAUACAUUGUAAUGUUUGUGAGAGAUGUGUGAAACCUUAUUGGAAACAUUGUGAAACUUGUAAAAGAUGUAUUGUUGUUCAACAUGUGUGUGGUCAGAAACCACAAAUGCAUGGAAAAUGCUUUAAGUGUCAUGAACUUGGACAUACGGAGAAAGAAUGCAAUGUUAUUGAUGAGACCCCAGACAUAGCAUCAAAUAAAAAAUGUAAAAAACGGAAGACUAGUGAUAAUAGAGAGUUUGAAAGAAACGUAAAAAGGAAAAAGGCCAAUGAUAUACUCAAACUAAAAAAAAAGAUGCAGAAAAAACAAUUGAUAAGUAAAAAGAAGAAAGAAGGAACAAAAUAAAAAAAGAA